UGAAAAAAACAUUAUUCACACCUGUGUCACCGACUGUACGCGGGGUAUUUUCCUGAUGGAGGGUUAUGACUAAGAUGACCAUCGUCACAGACAAAGAAACAAGUGAUAUCAUGCCUCAAAUUUUCCUUAAACGCUGUAUAAAAGGCUCAUGUAAAUUGGAUCAGCUUCAGUUCAUUCCCAACAUCCAGAAUGUAUUCCAAAGUGUUCGCUGUGCUCGCUAUUGCGGCGUUCGCCAGUGCCAACGACCUACAAGAGGGUUAUAAUGGCACCGUGAGCCAUAAACCAAUCUUCCAAGGCCACUAUGCAGGUGACUGGAAGUCUGCUGUAAGGCCUGGAAUGGAUAUCUUCGUUAACACCAGCGGCCUUAUAACUGGGAUCAAUGUGACUGAUCUCCGGGACGGCAAGGACGGCGUAGCGAGCAUAUCCAGCGGUGGAAUCGGACAUGAGAACGUCACAAUUUCUCUCAAGAGCCCUAACAUUCUCAGAGGAUACGACUUCUUAGUUGAAGUUUAUGCUGACGAGGAGACAACCAAGACAAAUGAGAGGGGCAACCGUGGUGUCCAAGAAUCCGAGUACCCUGACCAGAAACCAUCCCAAACAGUCUCUAGCACUACUGGCAUGCCUACAGACCAGCAGCAACAGCAAGUAACUGGCAAGCCUACAAGCCUACUGGAACACCAAGUAACUUUCUCUACAACUGGCAAACCAAGUGAGCAACAGCCAGGAACUGUCCCUACAGGCAAGCCUCGAGCCCAGCAGGAACACCAAGUCCCUGUCCCUACUACUGGCAGACCCACAGGCCAGCAAGAACAUCAUCAACAUCAUGCCCCAACUACAGACAAGCCUAGCCAACAACAUCAAACUGAACACUUUACCACACCCGCGCCUCAGCAGGAGAUUGAAAUUCCGCAGGAAGUUCAAGAGCCAAAGAAAGGUUUCCAAAUUGAUGAACAAAAUUAAAAAUUUAGAUAUUUUGUGACUUAUUGAAAUUUUUAAAAUGUAAUUUGAUGAUCCUCGAAACGGAUCGAAAUAAGAAUUAGAUAUUCGAUCUUAAUUACGUAAAUGACCAGUUUUAAAUAUUUCGAUCUGACUGAUUUUAGUACCCUAUGAUUAUUACAGGCCAAUGUUUUAAGGCUUCACCACACGGCCAUGACAUCCAUCUUUUCCAUGACACACUGCGUAAUUUAUUACUUACAUAAUACAUACUGGAAAUAUUUUAUUAUAACGCAUUUUGUUUAUUGUUAAAGAGUAACAUAAUAUAACGUCUACUUUACGUCCGUUAGACGUUCAAAAUUACCUUUAUUUAUUAAAAUUUUAGUUUAAUUUACUGAAAAUGCUUGUAAGUACCUAAACAGCUUUUUUAUCUUUUCCAAUAAACCAAUUAGGAAUGUACGUUAGUUAAUUAGCGAUAAGAUUGAAAAAUAAUAAUUGCUUGUACUAUUGAUUGAUCUAAUAAGUAUAAAUCAAUACUCAUAUAUUAUAUCAAUUAAACAAUGUUUUCCAUAUUUUUGGAUGUAUUUUAAUUUUUGUACUGUGUUAUUAGCUUUAAUAGAAUUAUAAUAAAACAAUGACUUAAAACAA